AUGGCUACAGCAAUGCAAAAUGAUGAUUCUGCCAUUGAAAAAUGGAAACUUCGUCGAACUAUUCAAUAUUUAUCGUCAUUACGUGGACGUGGUACAUCAUUAGUAACAAUGAUUGUUCCUGCUCAAUCACAACUAGCACGAACAAUGAAACUUCUUACUGACGAAUAUGGUCUAUCAUCAUGUAUUAAAUCUUCUCAAACUCGACAUAAUGUUCAACAAGCAUUAUCUGCUGCUCAAGGACGACUUCGUUUAUAUACACAAAAUACAUUACCAGAAAAUGGUCUUGUUCUUUACACAGGUAUUGUUUACGAUGAUGAACAACAUCGUGAAACAAAAAUUUCCAUGUGUAUUGAACCAUUACAACCAUUACAAUAUGGUUUAUAUCGAUGUGAAUCACAUUUUAUAACUGAUUUUCUUCAACAACAAAUAAUGGAUAGUGUAAAUGAUUUCAAUGCACGUCGAUAUGGAAUUAUUGUUAUUGAUGGUAAUGGAACAUUAUUUGCUCGUCUUGAUCCACAACAAGGUACAACUAUUCUUAAACGUAUACAAGUUACUUUACCAAAAAAACAUGGCCGUGGUGGACAAUCAGCUCCACGUUUUGAACGUUUACGUCGUGAAGCAAUUCAUAAUUAUUUGAGUAAAGUUGCUGAAAAUGCUAAAUCAGUUUUUCUUAAUAAUCAACAACAUGGUUUAUCUAAUGUUGAUGGAUUUAUUUUAAGUGGUUCAGCUAAUUUAAAACAAGAACUUGUUAAAAGUGAUUUACUUGGUGCACAAAUACAAAAUAAAAUUCUUCGAAUUGUUGAUGUUAGUUAUGGUGGUGAUAAUGGUUUACAAGAAACACUUCGUUUAUGUAUUGAUUUAUUAGCUGAUAUUAAAUUAACACAAGAAAGACAAUUACUUGAUGAAGUUUUUUGUCAAAUAAAUCUUUCAUCAACAACAAAUGAAACGAAUAUGGUAUCAUAUGCAAUUGGUGUUAAUGAAACAUCAAUAAUUCUUAAUGAAGGUAGUAGUCUUAUUGAUCGUUUAAUUAUUUGGGAAGAUUUAAUAACAAAACGUUAUGUUUAUCAAAAACGAGAUGAAGAAAAAAUAAUUAUUGUUGCUAAUAAUGAACAAGAAGCACAAAACAAAUUGAAAACAAUAAUAAAAGAAAAUGAUAAUGAACAAAUUGAAUGUAUUGAUGAAAUGAAUUUAAUUGAUUAUUUAACUGAAAAUUAUAAAGAAAUGAAUCUUCGUCUAUAUUUAGUUACAGAUCGUUCACCAGAAGGACAACAAUUUCGUCUUGGUUUUGGUGGAUGUAUUGCUUUACUUCGAUAUCCGAUUUCAACUUCUAUUUUUGAUUCGCUUGAAAAUAAUAAUGAAAACAAUGAAAUUGAGGCAUACGAUUAUUAA